GGUCACACAUUGGAGGCGGAGUUACCGCCUUACAUCGCAAACCAGGAAAACCAUUCAAUCUAACGACAGCUGUAUUUACCGCCAAGCCAGGUGGCGACGUAAACACAAUUAGUUAACGUAGGUGUACUGAAACUAGCGGUGGAAUCGUAAUUAUAGUAUGACGUAUGUUGAUAUAACGAUAGAAACUUCAUUUCAAGUCACGCGCUGAGGUGUUGUCGUUAUGGAUUCCUAAUGCUGUCCCUGAGGUUGCUAGGUUAGGUAAAGUAGCAUCUCCUCCGGACAAAUGGAGCCUUCCUUGGUGUCUUUGCAGAAUCCUGACCUAAGCUCUGUCCUUUCAUCGUGUGAGCCAGAGCUCCAGGAGCUGAUGAGACAGAUUGAAAUCAUGAUCGACCAUCAGAGGAGGGAGUGGGACGCUGAGAUACAGGCCAUGGACCUCACGCUGAAAAGUAGGGAAGAGGAGCUGUUGACUUCCAGGAAUCUCAUUGAACGCAGGGACCUGGAGAUCGGAUUGGUCCGCAAGAAUCUAGAAGAAGUCCAGGCGGGUAGACAAGAGUUGGUUAGCAAGUACGAGCAGCAGCUGCAGAAAGUCAGAGAAGAGUUAGAUAAACUAAAGAGAAGUUAUCUCAAGCUUCAGCGGAAACAUUUCAAGGAGACGAGUGGCGGUGCAAACAUGAAAGAGGCCGACCGCUCAGAGGUCACCCGAAUCAAUGAAAAGAUUGAGGACGAUCGCAAGUGCUCUUUAAAAUGGGAACAGCAACGUAUCCAGCUCCAAAAACAACUGUCAGCGCUGGAGGCCCAAAAUAAGAGUCUGACUGAUGAGCUCACACACCUGAAAGCCCAGUGGGCUUUGUGGCAGAAGGAGAGGGAGCACGGGGGCUGCUGUCCAGAGGUGCAGCACGUGCGUACGCAGCUGGAGAAGACUCAGGGCAGCAUGCACUCACAGGAGCUCGAACUGGAACGUCUCCGACUGCUCGAGAUGUGGCUGGGACAGCACCACAGGGAGCAGCAGGUCCCUUCAGAGGAAAGAGAGGAACUCCACGGCACGCUUUACUGCGAGGGUUCUUCCGUGCAGAGAGCCACUCUGGAACACCAAAGGUUCAGCAAGGAAGCUGCAGAACUCCGACAAGUACUACAAGUGAAAGAUCAAGUGGUUCGCUCUCUGGAGGACUGCCUGGCGGCUCAGGGCUGUGCGGGUGUGGAAGCCCUCAGUCAAGAUCUGGAGAAGACUGCAACCCGGCUCCGCUGCUCAGAAGCGCGUGAGGCUCAUCUCAAGGCCCAGCUGGCGUGUCUCACCGACAGACUGGAGAAGGAGAGCCGACGAAGUGGCGAGGCGCGACGCGAUUCCUCUGUCGCUGAAACCAAAAAGCUAAUAGAAGAGCUGCACAGGGCCAGGCAGACCCACAGCGGUGAGGUGGGGGGAAUGAGGAAGGAGGUGUCGAAGCUGACCGCUGAGCUGCACCAAAGCAACAGCGACCUCGCCGCGCUGAAGGGCUCCUCGGCCAGCAUCCAGCAGCGUCUUCGCGGCGAGGCGGAGCGAGCACAGCGGACGGCGGCUGAGCUCAAGAUCUCUCAGGCACAGCUGGAGGCUGAGAACGAGCACCUGAAGGGUCUGCUGCAGUCCCAGUCCCCAAAGAGAGGAGAUUCCUCGCAUGCGUCCCCGAGGCAGAGCUAUGUGCUGCCUCUGAUCAGCCUGGAACAAGAGAACAGGCAGCUGAGGGAGGCGAUGGCAGAGAUGCAAGCCCGAUACGAGCGAGCCCUUCUCAGCCGCACCGCGAGGGACCAACCCCGGCCUGCUUGUAGCGAUGAAGCUACCCGACAUGGCAAACAAAGGGACGCCAUGCAGAAAGAGUCCGUAGACAACGCCCUGUCUUCUCCCUCUCCAGCGGAGUCGAUGUCCGGCUCACCUGCGGACGACAUGGUCUGCGAUUUCCUGGAUAGAGAAAGCGUCCUGGCCGAGGAGGUGGUCCAGACACUGGACCACCACAUCCAGGCUAUGAGGGUCAACAGCAACAAGAUAGAGUGCAAGUAUCGGCCAAGUGGCUCGGGGCCGCAGUCCGCUCUGACUUCAGCCAAGAAUAGUUAGUGGCAGAAGAAGGUGGAAUAAAAAAGAAGAAAACGGGCCUUCAACAGCAGUGUGAAAGACGUUUAACUUUAGACAGACAAUUGUAACUCCAAACUGUACAGGAGCUUUGGCCUGCGCUGUGGCCUCAUGAAACCUGGCCCGCCAUCCAGCUUAUCCAAAGACUAAUCAAUUAAUCAAACUCUUUGCAUCACCGCAUGUGUCAUUCUGCUGAUACUAGCAUUCUGUCCCUGUCCUGUGCAACAAGAUGUAACAAAAACAAAAAUUUGUUUAAAAAGCUCCAAUUGUGGCUUUUGGGCCUUUUUUGACAGUGUAAAAACUGAGACUGAAAAUGGGAGUAGAGAUAAUUGGCCAAAGGUCCCACUGCUUGAAUCAGGCUACGAAGCUUGGCAUUUCUGAUCAUCAAAGGAGUGAAUUCAUUUUCUCAUCAUUUAGCUCUGGUCAGCUUGCAGAAAGGACAAAACGAACCGUAAAAGAAACUCAACAGCACUUUUGACUUUUCAUUUGACUUCAGCCAGGUUUCAGGAUGCCGCAUCUGACAAACUUUAACUGUGAAGAUGGUGAACGCAGGGGCUCUUGUGCCAGAGACAUGUUGUUACAUUCCAUCCGAGCCUGGACAACAUCUGGCCGCUGACCGUUCUUCUUGUGAAUUGUGUUAGAGUUCCUGGACUUUUUUUUUGAGCUUACAUCAAGAUUUUGUCAGGAGGCUGUGUUUUUGCACACCUGUCAGUCGAGGCUGGAUUUUAUUAUCAAACCACAGAAGAAAAGUUUCUGAGCUUUGCUUUUAAUCGAUUGAAAUUGCCUUUCCACAGCUGGUGGCUGUAUUCUAUUGCCGUGGAGGGUCCUUUGCGCUUUUUACUCAUAGCACAUUCCAAUUCAUCUUGUUGCCUGGAACAUUGAUGCAACUUUACAUUUGAAGAAUAAAAUGUGUCCAUGAGACAAACAAGC